CGCUAAAUUCGAAGGCGUACGUUACUUUUCAGAGUGAUGGCUGGAAAGGUUGUUAAACAACUGGCUGGUAGUGGGACCGGCCAAAGUCUUUCAGAUCUAAUGACGGCCAUGAAGUACACUUUGUCAGGUUCCGUGGUUGUGAAAGUAAUUUGCAAAGCUACAACAGAGGAGAUGUGUGCCCCUAAAAAGAAACACCUAGCAUAUCUUGUUCAAUGUACAUUCGAACCACGUUUGUCCGUUCCAGAUUUUGCCAAUCAACUUGUUAAUCGCACACAGCACAGUAACUCGGUCGUUGUAUUCAAGGCAUUGCUAACUAUUCAUCAUUUAAUGCAAUAUGGGAACGAGAGGUUUUCACAGUACAUUGCUUCGAAUAAUUGUCAUUUUUAUGUUCCAAGUCUACAUGAUCGCAAUAACUUUCAAGCUCAUGGGAUCGCUUUAUUUCUACGACCUUAUGCCAAAUAUUUGGAUGAGAAAGCAGCUUCGUAUCGUGAAGUUGCUUUUGAUUUUUGCCGUUUAAAACGUGGGAAAGACGAUAGUGAUAUGCGGGCAAUGCCACAAGAUAAACUGGUGAAAACUCUGCCAGUUAUUGAGAAACAAUUGGAUGCACUACUAAUGUUCAAUGCGACAACAAGCGAGUUAUCGAAUUCACUUCUUCGUGUAGCUCAUCUCUUUCUCUAUCGUGAUCUAAUCCGAUUAUAUGCUGUAUAUAAUGAGGGUAUGAUUAAUCUGAUUGGUCGAUAUUUCACAAUGUCUAAACGUGAUUGUCGUAUAUCACUAGAUAUAUAUAAGAAUUUUAUUAAACGAAUGGAAGUUAUGAAUAUAUUCGUCAAGAUUGCUGAGUCUGCUGAACCUGGCGGUACACCUUUAUCCCUGGAUUCAGAGAAUAGUCCAUUCCAACCAGUACCUCCAUCAGUUUUGGAGGCUCUUGAACAGCAUUUAGCAUACUUGGAAGCUCAUAAGCAAGCUGAUAAAAGGAUCACUAAUAGCACAUCUCCAAAGUCACAAACCAAUACAACAUCCAGAACUGAUGAAAUUAUUGCUGUUGUCCCGCCUACUGCCGCCACUGCUAGUCUGGAUCACUCCAAUUCCUAUAGUGGUGAUUUUGUAUUGACUGCUGAAGAACGUCAGCGUAUAAUUGAAGAAGAAAGGGCACGCUUAGAGUCAUUUGUUUCAACAGCUCGACAACAUGCCUUUUCAUCAUCAUCAUCAGAUCAACAACGCAUGUCUAACACAUCAACAGAUCAACAGUAUUAUCAUUCAACAGAUGGUGAUAAAUUUCUUGAUUUGGUGUCUUUUGGCGAGACAUCCACAAAAACACCAUCACAAUUGGACAAUAAUACUUCUAUUUGGUCAACAAGUGAUUUAAAUGAAAUGAAUCAACGGUCUACUGUGCAGAAUUCAUCUAAUCUGUCUUCUGAACACAAUCUUCUUGACCUUAAUGAUAUUUCUACUGUUUCGUGUGCAUUCGGAGUGAAUUCAACAAGAAGUCCCCAGUUGUUUUUGUCUAAUCAAGUAUCAUCAUCAACGACAACAACAACAGCACUUGUACCUUUUCUACCUUCUAGUCUAGUUGUAUACCCAACUAAUCCAUUCUUGAUCAACACAACACCUCAACAAUUAUUGAUACCAACUGGUAUAUCAACAGAUAUCCUGUCAAAUCAAUUCCCUGGUUCUAAUACUAAUUGUACAGGAUAUACUCCAUCUAUAAAACCGGCUUCAAAUGCUGUCCAAUCAUCUCAAUCAUCCAUAUCAUUAGAUGAUAAAAUUGCUCAAAUAGCCGGAAGUCUCUCAAUUCGUGAUCAUUAUGCCACUAGUCAAGGUGGUCGAAUAUAUCGUGCUCCGGAUGGUAGUCUAUCAGCAGUUAACUGGUCAGGAACUAUGCCAUGUGUUCAAAGUUCAAAUAAUAUGUCUAGUCAGUCAACACCACAAGCGCCAGCUCCGGUACAUGCAUCAUCGUCAAUGAAUCAGAUAACUGGCCUUAGCAGUGGCAAUACCACCAUGUAUACUAAUCCACCGGUUUCUUCGAGCAAUGGGGUUAGCAACUUCACUUUGAAUCCAACUAAUCCAUGGGUGGCAAUCACUCCUCAGUCUUUGACCCAACCUCCUCAACUGUUUCUUAAUCAGAACCAAUCAUUCACAACGGCGACAUCAUUGAAUGGUGGAAUGGUCUCUAGUAAUAUUACCGGCCUGAAUCGUCCAACCAACAAUCCAUUUCUUCUCUGAUUCAUUCACACUGUCUACACUCUGGUUUCAACUUGUCCUACCUUAUUAUCUUGCUUUGUCUUUGUCUUAUUUCCGCCUAUGGUGUAUGUGUGUGUGUGUCUAUGCUUCAGUAGUGAAUAAUGUCUAUGUCGUGUGUUUCACUCGCUAUUGUCUUCUCUCUCACCCUUGUCUUUUCUCAACAAUGUCUCAUUGUCUUUCUAUUGAUAAAAAAAAAGAGAAAGGAAUGGUUAGGUUAUUGUAAUGAUUGAUCGUUUACCCUAUUCCUCCUAAUCCUUGCUCUGUGCAUGUGUGUAUGCGUGUCUCCAGUGUUCUUUAUACACCCAUCCAUCCAUCCAUUAUUAUGAUUAUGAUUAUUACUACCUAUGACGAUAGGCACACAGUGAUAGUGUUUCCUUCUCUUCCUUUUUUUCCUCAUUAUUUAUCCAUACCACUACUAAUGAUAUUGGUUACGAGAAUAAUGAUGAUGAUUCACAAUCCGCCCUGUUCAAUGGGGGGGGGGAUGACUUCCCACUCAUCCUGUCUAUAAGCUCACCUUAUACAUUAUAUUAAAUAUUCGCCUCUCUGUAUGGAUUCCAUCCUCUUCGUAAUAAAUCAAAACUGUAUAUUAAAAGCUUUCCUCAAAUACUUUACUGUGGAUGUUACACGUUUGUUCGUCUGUGUUUUUGAAUGUAUGUUCAGAUUGUAUAAAUCCUAAUAGUUUCACUAUGGUAACUCGUGUGUUUGUAUGCCUUGACAAUCAAAUCUGUGUCUUGUGCGCACAUCACUCUACGCCUCUUGUGUGUAUGUGUGUGUGACUGCCGUUUCCUUCUCUGUCUCUCUAUCUAUUUCAUUGACUCCUUGUGCUUCUGUGUAUCUCCACUUAUAGACAGACGUAGAAGGAUAGAUAGACAGACACAUAAACCAAAGACAAUACUUUAUAGUGCACUCGUUGACCAACAUAAAUACACAAACCAUUUAUCUGCAAAUAAAAAUGCAUAACCCUGAUGAAAUCAUUUCGUUUUUUUUAUCUUCUCAUCAUUUGUUUCAUUCUAAAUAAAAGAAAAAAGGCUAUUUU